ACUCGCACUAAUUGAACUCAGUUCAUCUCCCUCAUCGAGCUAAAAAAGUCCCUUUCGCUUUCGAGCUAUUCUUUUUUGUCACAAUUUCAGCACUUUUCAAGCAAUUUCAAAGGCUUUCGCUACGUUGCUUUGCUUUGGCUGCUGCUUCAAUGCUCCUUUCCUUUUUCUUUUUUUUCAAGGGCAUCCAUGAAUGGUUGUAGAAUUGGUUAGUGACAUGGUGCCAUGCUGCUACUUGAUACGUUUGCUGGAUGCCCCUUUUCUGACAUUUUUAUACUUGACACCAAACAACAUUAACUUCCAACAUGAAGAAAAGGUAGUAAUGUUUAAAGUUUAGCUUCUGAAUGUUUUUGGCUUGGAUUAUCUAUGCCUGGCAACGAAGUUGGAAGCCAGAGACAAGCUGGUGGGCCUCUUGUUUCCAGUUUGAAGAAUUUAAGUGCUCAUCAAUUAGAGUCUGAAAAUUUCAGAAGCCAAUUGCAAAAUCAGUCACCAAUUGCAAAUGGUUAUAUGCAAGGGCGUGAUUCUUUCCAGGCAAGGCAUAAUGAAACAAACUUAUUGGGGAUGGAUACAGCACCUACAGGCUCAUCAAGUCUUGAUUCACCUAUAGGAAAUGGCCCUGGUUUCCAUAAGAAUGGCUCGUUGAGGUUGGAAUCAACUGUAUCUCCCAUAAAUUAUGAUCUUAUUGGAAGGCAACAACAAUUUGGCGUAAUGGAUCCUGGCAUGAUCCAACCUUUGCCAAGGCAGCAGUCUGGGAUGACUGAUAUGCAGCUCUUACAGCAACAUGCUAUAAUGCAAGAAUUACAGAGACACCAACUUCCAAAGCCACAGUUUCAUUUUCCAGAAGCAAGGCAAUUGAGCUCUGCAAAUCAGGUUUCCUCUGUUAAAGAGGAAUCAGUUAGCCUUUCUUCUGCUCCAAUGAUGGUUUUCCUGUCCUUGAUGCUUCUAGUUAUUCCUGGCAGCCUGAGCGCAUGACACAAAAUGCAAAUUGUAUGCAGCAUGGUGCCUCUCCAGCCAUGGGAGGAUCCUCUGGUAUGUUUUCUCCUGGGCAAGGUCAGAUGUGUUUGAUGGGUAUGGUUCCUCAACAAGUUGAUGAAUCGUUUUAUGGGAUUUCUACUACUGGUGCAAGAGGAAAUGCAUAUCAAUAUUCUUUUGUUCAAAUGGAUAAGCCUUUGAUGCAGAAGGUUCCUGCCAGCAGUCAUUCCUUUCUGGAUAAUCAAUAUAUUUUUCGAGAUCAAGUUCGUUUGCUAGAUGGAACUUUGGUUUCUAGACAGUGUGAGCAGGAUAACAAUGUAUUUGAGGAUGUGGCUGGUCAAGGUUUAAAUAGUGAAUUUCAUUCAGAAAACUUGCAGCAAACGGUUAUCCAGCCGAAAACUGUACCGAUAUUGGAGUCUCCUCAGAGGCAAGAGCAUUGCAGUACUGCAGAAACAUCCCUGAAGAAGUCAGCAAUUCAGGUUUCCUCCUCCCAGACUGUGGCUACGCUGGAUCCAAUUGAAGAAAAGAUUUGUUUGGUUCAGAUGACAGUAUGUGGGAUAUAUUGGGAAAGAGCACCAACUUGGGUUCAGCGUUGGAUGGUACGGGAUCUUUAAGGGGAUUUCCCUCUCCGCAAAGUGGGAUUUGGAGUACUCUUAUGAUGUCUGCUGUAGCAGAAACAUCCAGUAGUGAUAUAGGGGUGCAGGAACAGUGGAGUGGUUCGGAUUUGCAGAAUUGUGAACCUCCAAGAGGGAACAUGCCUGCAUCAACUGUCAAUGAUGGCACCAAACAACAGUCAGCUUGGGCUGAUAACAACUUCCCCAGUGCCUCCUUGCUGAACUCUAAAAGUAUGUCCAAUACUUAUAAGUUGGUAUUGCCAGAGAAUAAUGCCAACCAAAAUUUUGCACGCAUGCAAAGAGAUAUUGAAGGCUUUGGCUAUUAUUCAAGACCAAAAAUGCUGUGCAUGAGGAGCAGGCAAUGAGCAAUAUAGAGGUUGGUCCAAGUAAUAGGAGUAUUAAAAGAUUUAAAGGUCCAUCUUCAGACUCUAGUUUGGAAGCUCAACAGGUAUGUUCCCAAGGUGAAGAGCAAUUAUCUAAUGAAUCCAAUGCUCUGAUGAGAGAUGCACAUAAUAACCAUCCUUUAGUACCUUCUGGAGAUUCUAAGCUGCCAAGCUCUUUGCCAAAUGCAGGAUAUAACUGUGAGACACAGUUAUCCACUAAUAUGCUGGCAUUUGUUCAGAAUGAAUCCCAGCAUUUCCCCAAUUCUAAUAAUCCAGCUGCUAAUAUAAGAGGUGAACACACUCGGAUCAGUCCCCAGACGGCUCCAUCCUGGUUUGAUCAGUAUGGGGCAAUUAAAACUGGGAAAAUGUUGCCCGUAUAUGAUACCAAAAAGUUUCCAUUGUUGGUCGGGCCUUCGAUAGUUUGCAUGUUCAUUCAAGUGAACAUGAUGCUGAUCCACUGGAUAAAGUCCGGCAAAGUUCAAACUUCAUGCCAAUAGAAACUGAAUAUGUCGCCCCUCACUCACUGCCACCUGAUAUCGCAAGUCAGAAUUUGGUGGUUGCGAGAGCAAUGAAGCGCAAGAUAAUGACAUUUGAGUUUCUACCAUGGCAUAGAGAAGUGACACAGGGUUCUCAAAGGCCACAGAACAUCAGUGUGGCAGAAGUAGAAUGGGCUCAUGAAGCAAAUCGAUUGAUUGAGAAGGUCGAGGAUGAACCUGAAAUGAUUGAAGAUUGGCUGCCGGCACUUGGAUCAAAAAGAAGGCUUGUUUUGACAACACAGCUUUUGCAGCGACUACUUCGUGCUCCACCAAGAGUAGUUCUUUCUGCAGAUGCUAGAAAAAACUAUGAUACUCUGGCCUAUUUUGUUGCCAGAUCAGUCUUAGGAGAUACAUGCAGCUUGAAAUAUAUACCUGAAAGUGACACAGCUGUUCCUCACAGUGGAAGCAUUCUCUCUGAAAAGCAGAGGGAGCAGAGAAAUCAAUCCAUCUUUAAGGCUGCAGAAGGGUUUAUCAACAGCAGAGAUGCUGGAAACAGUUUAUGGAGUCUGAUCAAGAGAGCCUCAGUAUCGGACUUAAGAUUGGAAUGUCAGGAUCAAGAGAAGGUAUCAGUCAUCACUCGCUUGGCCAAGUUCCAUAGCAGGGGGCAAGCAAUGGGGCACACAAAUUCUUUGGCCAAAGAUACGUUAUUGCACUACCGAUGCCUAAAAAUCUCCCUGACAGAGUACAAUGUCUCUCACUUUGAUCAUAAUUCAUAAGUUUUUUUUCCCCCCAUUUUUUAGGGUCCAACUGCCUUUCUUAUCCAACCUAGUGUUUCUCUUCUAUGCUCCAAUUUAUUCUGUUCAGAAUUGAAGCGCACAAUCUCAAAAAAAAAAAAAAAAGAAAGAAAGAAUUGAAGCACAGAAAUGAAUAUGUAGGAUAAGAUGCACUUGAUGUUAACGUAUUAACAUCGUAGGCAUUGAUGUAGGCCAAUUCCUGAGAAUUACAGUUCUUACUGAUCAGAU